GUGGGUGUGAUUCCGAGGAGAUCUCCGGCGCGCGGAGCGGAGACGCGCAGUGUUUCUGCGCGCUUGGAGGAGGUACAGCUGCCGGCGGGAGGGGGGACAGAGAGCCACUGAGCAGCGACCAUUCCUUCACUGCUGCCGCCGCUCCUCUGUCAGCAGCCCUCAGAAAAUCUGCACCAUUUUCCUCCCGACUCCGCCGCUCCUCAGUAUGAGUGGGAUCUAACGUCUCCGAGAGGGAAAGGACUGACUGACACCCCCCACCCCCCCGGUGGAUGUGGACGCAUACACUGCUGACAUGGAGAAGAUAGUGAAUCCGUUCGUCUCUUUUCUCCUGGUUUUAUCGGGCUGCGCGCUCGGAGGCUCUCCCGGUGUUCAGAUUGGGGGGCUGUUUCCAAGGGGCGCGGAUCAAGAGUACAGCGCGUUUCGGAUAGGAAUGGUCCAGUUUGGCACCUUGGAAUUCAGACUCACACCCCACAUUGACAACCUGGAGGUGGCCAACAGUUUUGCUGUAACCAACUGCUUCUGUUCCCAGUUCUCAAGAGGAGUCUACGCCAUCUUUGGAUUCUAUGACAAGAAAUCAGUGAACACCAUCACAUCAUUCUGUGGGACGCUGCACGUCUCCUUCAUCACGCCUAGCUUCCCUCUGGAUGGAAAUCAACAGUUCAUUAUCCAGAUGCGACCUGAUAUCAAAGGCCCCCUCCUCAGUCUCAUCGAGUACUACAAGUGGGACAAGUUUGCCUAUCUGUACGACAGUGAUCGAGGCCUCACUACGCUGCAGGUGGUUCUGGACACAGCAGCAGAGAAGAAAUGGCAGGUGACUGCCAUCAAUGUGGGGAACCUGAAGGAUGAGAGGAAGGAUGAGGCGUACCGCUCGCUCUUCCAGGACCUGGAGAACAAGAAAGAGAGGAGAGUGAUCCUGGACUGUGAGCAGGACAAAGUCAAAGACAUCAUGGACCAGGUCAUCACAAUAGGCCGGCACGUCAAAGGCUACCACUACAUCAUCGCCAACCUUGGCUUCGUUGAUGGGGACCUGUCCAAAAUUCAGUACGGUGGAGCCAACGUUUCAGGAUUUCAGAUUGUUGAUUUUGAUGAUCCUCUGGUUUCAAAAUUUGAUCAGCGAUGGGAAGCCCUGGAGGAAAAGGAGUAUCCAGGAGCUGACAGCAAAAUUAGGUACACAUCAGCGCUGACCUAUGACGCAGUUCAGGUGAUGACUGAAGCCUUCCGCUAUCUGCAUAAGCAGCGCAUUGACUUCACUAGGAGGGCCAACACUGGUGACUGUCUGGCCAACCCUGCGGUUCCUUGGGCUCAGGGAGUGGAAAUCGAGCGAGCGCUCAAACAGGUUCGUGUGGAAGGCCUGACAGGAAACAUCCAGUUUGAUCAACAUGGCAAGAGAGUCAAUUACUCCGUGAAUAUCAUGGAAUUGAAGAAUAAUGGCCCCGUAAAGAUUGGAUACUGGAACGAAGUUGACAAAAUGGCUGUCACCAAAUCGGACGUCUUUUCCAAUGACACCACGGGCAUGGAGAACAAAACUGUGAUAGUCACCACUAUCCUGGAAGCUCCAUAUGUGAUGCUGAAAAAGAAUGCUGACCUUUUUGUUGACAAUGAACGUUAUGAAGGGUACUGCGUUGAUCUGGCUGCAGAAAUAGCAAAGCACUGUGGCUUCAAGUACCAGCUGAAAAUAGUGGGUGAUGGGAAGUAUGGAGCCAGAGAUGCAGAGACCAAAAUCUGGAAUGGAAUGGUUGGAGAGUUAGUAUACGGGAAAGCAGACAUCGCUGUGGCCCCUUUGACUAUAACAUUAGUCAGAGAGGAGGUGAUUGAUUUCUCGAAACCCUUCAUGUCUCUGGGAAUCUCCAUCAUGAUCAAGAAGCCUCAAAAAUCCAAACCUGGAGUCUUCUCUUUCCUGGACCCACUGGCUUAUGAGAUCUGGAUGUGUAUUGUGUUUGCCUACAUCGGUGUCAGCGUGGUGCUGUUUCUUGUCAGCCGUUUCAGCCCCUACGAGUGGCACACAGAGGAGUAUGAGGAUGGGCAGAUCCAGACCAAUGAAUCGACUAAUGAGUUUGGCAUAUUCAACAGCCUGUGGUUUUCCCUGGGAGCUUUUAUGAGACAAGGCUGUGACAUCUCACCAAGAUCCCUGUCUGGACGUAUCGUUGGUGGCGUGUGGUGGUUCUUCACUUUGAUCAUCAUCUCGUCCUACACAGCCAAUCUGGCUGCUUUUUUGACUGUUGAGAGGAUGGUUUCUCCCAUUGAAAGUGCAGAGGACCUGGCUAAACAGACUGAGAUAGCUUAUGGGACUUUAGACUCUGGCUCAACCAAAGAGUUCUUUCGACGCUCUAAGAUCGCCCUGUUUGAUAAAAUGUGGACGUACAUGCGCAGUGCAGAGCCUUCUGUGUUUGUGAAAACAACAGCCGAGGGGGUUCAGAGGGUCCGCAAGUCCAAAGGGAAAUAUGCUUACCUGCUGGAGUCCACCAUGAAUGAGUACAUCGAGCAGCGGAAGCCCUGCGACACCAUGAAGGUGGGAGGCAACCUGGACUCCAAAGGCUACGGGAUCGCCACGCCGAAAGGAUCCUCAUUAAGAAAUGCGGUUAACCUCGCAGUACUAAAACUGAAUGAGCAAGGCCUGUUGGACAAAUUGAAAAACAAAUGGUGGUACGACAAAGGAGAGUGCGGCAGCGGGGGAGGUGAUUCCAAGGAGAAGACGAGCGCCCUAAGCCUGAGCAACGUGGCUGGGGUCUUCUACAUUCUGGUCGGAGGACUCGGCUUGGCCAUGCUGGUGGCCUUGAUUGAGUUCUGUUACAAGUCCCGAGCCGAGGCGAAACGAAUGAAGGUGGCAAAGAAUGCACAGAAUAUUAACCCAACUUCCUCGCAGAAUUCACAGAAUUUUGCAACUUAUAAGGAAGGUUACAACGUAUAUGGGAUCGAAAGUGUAAAAAUUUAGGGGGGAGUACUGGGGAGAAUGGUCGGGUGAUGACUCCAGAGUUUCCUAAAGCUGUCCAUGCUGUCCCCUACGUGAGACCUGACUUGGGACUGAACGUCAGCCUGACGGAUCUGUCCUGAUCAACGAGAAACUCCUGAGUGCCUUACAAUGAUUUCAGAAGAAUUUCUUUUUCUUUUUUUUUGCCCCCCUCUCAUUCAUACUGGCACUUUGUUGGUCUGUCUUGUGAAUUUGAAAGAUGUAAGAUAGAGGCAUCACUUUGUUGAUUGCAAAGACCCAAAUAAUUUGUCUCUAGUCUUUACCAUGUGCAAUCGCCUCUUAUCCUGGAGGGCUUCCACCUGGGAAGAGAAAAAUGGAGGCUUUUGUUUUGUAAACUGGUGACUCCAUGCUUUCCUGUCUGAUCUGCUUGGACCGUACCGAAACAGAAGCAAGGGCUUGACUGACAGCUGAGACUGCGUGUGAGAGUCAGAGGUUCAGUCAUAUCAGCUGUUGAGUGAGCCUGCGAAGAGCAUGGAUGUUGUCACAAACGCAACGUGUCUGUACCGCCACCGUCAAACCGGAUUUUCAAGCACACUUGAUCUCAUCUGUAUGAAGAUGUGGAAUUGUCUUUUUUUUUCUAAGAAAAUCUUAAGAAAACGUUUAUUGAAAAAAAGUAUUUUUAUGUAUUUUCACAAAAAUAGCUUUUAAAUAAACUUGCUUACAUAAUGGUUGGAUAUAAACAUCUUAAUGUGUGAGUAUAAAGGAAGAAUAAAUACUAAACAACUUCUAGUUCCACAUUUUCAAAACCAAAUACAUUGCAUAUUGGGGUGAGAUGUUAUAACCAUGUAAUUAAUUCCUAUUAAUUCCUGUAUAUUUUAUUCUUUAACAUUUGGUGUCAAUAUGAACUAUACGUCAAUAAUUGACAUUUGGAAUCAAACCUUUGGUGUUUUUCUUGUUGGAGUUGGUGCAGCAGUUUUGCUUUAUUCUUUGGUCUCAUUGUUUGCUUCAGUGCUUUUGCUGUUUGUGUUCUUCUGGUGACGAACAGAGAUGUCGCUCUGCUUUCAAAAUGAAACUAAUCUGUUUACAUGCAGUGAAUGAAGAACUGAAUAAUAUGGGAGCGUAGUAUGGCAGUAUAUAUUUUAAAGUGGCAUCAAAAAGUGACAUCCUUAUGGGUAACAUGAUGGUUUCAAAUGCCAAAUAAGUAAGAGUGCCAAAUUUCAGUGCCAGUAGAUAUAAAUAUAGUCUUAAUAUAAUUAAUCACUGUCAUCUCAGUGAAUGUAAAUGACUCUGAUACAUUCUGUAACUUUUGUAACUAGAUGUACAGUUGGUGGCUAUGACAGUGCUAAUACAGUAGACUUAUCGCUUUGUUUUUCAUUCACCAUGCUCUUUGCAUUGCUCUGACAAUGAAGUAGCACCAGUUGCAUGCUGUUGCCGGAAAUACUGCAUACGUUUAUUUGAUUACUGCCAAACAUGCAUUUUCAUUUUAAUGUUCACGUUGUGAGUUUAACACUUUGAAAUUGGAAAUACAAUGUGAGACACAUACAUGCAUACACAUACAUAUAUGUACACACACAUUAUAUACAUAUUAGCAUAUAUUUUAUACAAAUAUUUAAAAUAUAAAAAAGUAUAUCCUCUUCUCAGAAUGGCAUUGCUUCCAUUUAAUAUUAAAACUUCUUAUUUUGAUUUUUUUUCUUUCUUUUUUUUAGCUGUCUCACUGUAAGUUAUGAACUCAGUUAUACAGUUUGCACUUAUGAUUAUAAAAGAUUUUGUUUCUCUCUGAGAGUUAGUCUGUGUGAAAUAUUCCUCUGCAGUCAGCAGGGACAUACACAGUAAUAUAAUAUCUGUUUUUAAAAUCAACAGUAGAAAUGUAUACCAUAGAUGCAAUCACUUUCAUUGCAUAUUCAGGCUAUUCCACUGACAUUUUAUAUUUGGAAUGUGUGCUAACUUGUUUAUUUUUGGGACCCUUUCUAAAUAAAAGUUGCUGAUUUCUUGUUUUCA